ACCAUAACCCUAGCUUUCACUCUUACAAGCUCCUCACGUUCGUCGCGGCGUACCCAGCACAACCAGAGACGCAACAGCCUAGCAAGCUCCAAUGGGUAUCGAUCUGGUCGCAGGAGGUAAGGUCAAGAAGAGCAAGCGUACUGCUCCCAAAUCCGACGAUAUCUACCUUAAACUCCUCGUGAAGCUUUACCGGUUCCUUGUUCGGAGAACUGGCAGCAAGUUCAAUGCAGUGAUUCUGAAGCGCUUGUUCAUGAGCAAAGUCAACAAGCCACCACUUUCUCUAUCUAGGUUGAUCCGUUUCGCAAAAGGAAAGGAGGAUAAGAUCGCUGUGGUUGUUGGGACUGUGACUGAUGAUACUCGGGUUUAUGAAGUUCCUGCUUUGAAGGUUACGGCACUGAGGUUUACUGAGACUGCUAGGGCGAGGAUUGAGAAGGCAGGUGGUGAGUGCUUGACGUUUGACCAGCUGGCUCUCAGGGCUCCAUUGGGACAGAACACGGUUCUUCUCAGAGGUCCAAAGAAUUCUCGUGAAGCAGUGAAACACUUUGGACCUGCUCCUGGUGUGCCACACAGCCACACCAAGCCCUACGUGCGAUCAAAGGGAAGGAAGUUUGAGAAGGCCAGAGGAAGGAGGAACAGCAGGGGAUUUAGGAAUUGAGUUCAUUUUAUUACUUGUUGAGCAAGUGUCAUUUCUGACUAUGUCAAUCCAAAUUUUUGCUGGACUAUUAGGUGGUUUCUGGCAGUUUUACGUCAAUCUUAUUUAAAUAUGCACUGCUUGUUACUUGAAGACUCGUUUCUUAUUUGACACUGGUUCGUCUAAAGUGUAUUUGGGGCAGCUUGAUUUCGAAGUUUUGACACAAACGUUUCAGAAAUGAUAUGGUUUCUUAUAAAAUCCCAGUUUUCGAAGCGGA